CAAUCCCAGCCACCACACACUUCUUAGAGUCCACUUCUUAGAGGCUCUUAGAGCUCUUUCAUUCAAAUGCUUCACAAAUUAUUGACGAAUCCAAGCCAUUUUUUAUUGGUUUCCGCAUUUCUUCCUCAGUGCUCAAUGCUAUACCUAGACAUUUCUUGCUCUAACGGUAUUUCGACUUCAUCUAACGAGCCCCUCCACAAUAGGACAAGUCCAUCCUCAGUCUGUUGCUAUGGAUCAUGGCCCUCCACCGCCGUUUCCCCAAACUAUGAUGACUUGUCGUUCGUCGUGCUCUGGCGGACUUCGCACUGCCCCCUCCCCUCCCCUGCCGUCGGCGGGAGCCCGCGGUGCGUCCUUGGCGUGUAGUCGCUGUGGCUGUGACGUGGUUGGUCGGCGCUCGGGCUGGUCGGGCCGCUCGGACUGCCGCACUCGGCGGUCGGUUGCGGUGUGGCGUGGUAGCGCUCCGGUGAGGACAGUGAGACAGUGAGGACUGAGUGUGAGGACAGGAGGAACUGCCGAGGACGAUAUGGCGGCGGAGAGGACGUACGACAUACCUGCGCUGGUCCAGCAGGCCCGGGAGGCGUACAAUGACGGCGUCACCCGAGAUCUCGAGUUCCGCAAGCGCAACCUGCGCGGCCUGCUCAAAUUCUACGAGGAGAACCGCCAGCAGCUGGUGGACGUGCUUCACAAGGACCUUCGGAAGCACGCCUUUGAGGCCAUGAUCACCGAAGUCAACUACCUCAUCAACGACGUGAAGACCAUGCUGAAUAAUCUGGACGAGUGGUCAAAACCUAAGGCAGUCCAGAAGAGCCUGGCCACGAUGCUGGACCGGCCGUAUGUGCUGCCGGAGCCCCACGGUGUGGUUCUGGUGAUGGGCGCCUGGAACUACCCCCUCCAGCUGAGUCUGGUUCCUGUCAGCGGCGCCAUCGCUGCCGGCAACUGCGUGGUCAUCAAGCCGUCGGACCUGUCCCCGGCCACGUCUGCCUUCAUCGCCGACACUCUGCCGCGGUAUGUGGACAGCCGCUGCUUCCCGGUGGUCUGCGGAGGAAUUCCGGAGAGCACGCAGCUGCUGGAGCAGCAGUUUGACUACAUCUUCUACACGGGCAGCAGCGCAGUGGGCAAGAUCGUCCGCGAGGCCUCCAACAAGCACCUGACGCCUGUCACGCUCGAGCUCGGCGGGAAGAGCCCUGUCUGGCUGGACGAGACUGUCAACAUGGACUACGCGGUGCGUCGGAUCCUCUGGGGCAAGGUGAUCAACCUGGGCCAGACGUGCAUCGCGCCCGAUUACCUGCUCUGCACCAAGGCGACCGAGGCGCGCUUCCUGGCCAUGGCCAAACAGGUGCUGAAGGAGUGGUUCGGGGACAAGCCAGAGGAGGCGGCAGAACUGGGGCGCAUUGUCAACCAGCGACACUUCGAACGCGUGAAGAAGCUGCUCGAGUCGUCUGGUAAGGUGGCGCUGGGCGGCCGGUCCAACGCCAAGGACCUGUUCAUCGAGCCCACCGUGCUGACGGACGUCAAGCCAGACGACUCUGUGAUGCAGGAGGAGAUCUUCGGCCCUGUGCUGCCCAUCGUUACCGUCCAGUCGGCCGCCGAGGCCAUCCACUUCAUCAACAGCCGAGAACGGCCGCUGGCGGCCUACAUUUUCACAUCGGACGCGGACACGCACCAGAGGAUGCUUUCCGAAACCUCAUCCGGAGGCAUUGUUUUCAACGAGACGCUGAUGCACUACGGAGUUGAGGAGCUGCCGUUCGGUGGCGUCGGGAUGAGCGGCAUGGGCGCCUACCACGGCAAGUUCUCGUUCGACACGUUCACACACUACAAGCCGGUGCUGGAGCGCGGCUUCAACCCCCUCGUCGAGAAACUCUGCUCGGUGCGCUACCCGCCGUACACGCCGCAGAAGAUGGAGCGUGCCAAGAACCUGCUGAAGAACCCCAAGCUGCCCAGCCUGACGCCCCUCAAGUACCUGUUUACCUUCGGAGUGGGCGUGGCUUCCGUGUUCGCCCUCAAAGCCGCCGCCAAGAGGUUCGGGUUCGACGACGACCUGCCGUACGUUCUGCAGUGAGACGGGUCCAACGGGCUUCUUCGCCACCCCCGCCUCCACUCCACUGGCGGAUCGCGCGACCGCCCGGGGCGGGACCAGUGGAGCCGCCGGGGCCGGGCCAGGGCAGCGCGCAGUCUGGGACAGCUGGCGUGGGCUGAGACUGGCUAAUGUAGCGGUCCCGCUGCUUUUGAGCGGUGCUGAGGCCGAGUCAGUGCCGUCUCACCGCGAUGUGGCUAGAAUGCUCUUCUGGGCGUGUGUCCAUAAAGAUGAAAACACCUGGUCUCGCCCUGGUCUCGUGGCGCGGGAUAUUUCGACCAAGAUCACCGGUUCUGCUAGAUUUUAGUCAGUUAUUUUAAUGUAACUUGUUCUACCUACGGUGUAAAUAGGUAUCACUUUAGAGCGUAUAGCAUAUAUGGAUGCAAGAUGUGAUCUUCAGGCGGUGGGAAUCGAGGUUGCGACGACAUUUGUUUUGAAUGUGCUGUGUAAGUGGAGCGUUUGCUGAGUUACAUUUCUACAGACGUCAUUGCUUUGAUUUGCUGCGAUCACUUUUAGAGAGAUUUAUCUAUGUCCAAAGAUUAUCACUAAAAAAACUGGUGGUGAUAAAUAGACUAUAGGUACUGAUGCCAUACAGUGUCAUAGAUACGUGUUAUACUGAGCGUAACUUUUCCCAAUCUUUCACUGGCACGCGUCGUACUCUGAACGCCCUCGCCCCUUCCCAACACCAGCCUAGACAGUAGUGCAAUUCCUGAAUUCACCGACUCCAUAAGUUCAGUUGAACUUAGUUGUCUUAUUGCAUGUGAUUGGUCAAGCGAUUUUAGUUCAAAGCCUUCGUUGUUGAUUGCUUUGUGCAUCGUGAAAUGAAAUAAAUCGAUGUUUUCAGCGUUCA